UUGGUACACUUAGCUAGUACGUAAAAACACAUAGAUAAUGGUUGUAGCCUUCAUAUUGCCUCCUGAGUUGCGUUCCAAACUAUAGCCCACUAGGCUGGCUAUAGAUUCGGAUUUUGGUCUAUUGGUUGUAACCGUCACAUCGCCUUCCGAGUUAGUGGCUGACCCAUCAUACGCAAGGUUGAGUAGAGAUUCAGAUUUUGGUCUAGUGGUUGCAAAUUUCUGCUACGGGGGUUCAGGGUAAAUACAAUAAAUAGUCACCAUCAUCGCCAUGUCUCCAGAGCUGCCACUCACGACUUCUUUUGCACUUGGGGUUAUUCAAUAGCACCAUGCAUCUGAAAUAUCUCUACCUUUGGGGCUUCUUCGCGGUCUCAGGCCUGGCUGAUGACAUCAACUUUUCUGCCGCUGCCCAGUCCAUAUCUGCUGUACUGGCCGAUCCCACGUUUGUGCCUUAUACAAAGCCCAACCAGAAAAUUGAAGAGUUCAUCGCCCUCGGUGAUUCGUACACCGCAGGUACAGGCUGCAAUGGUAACGAUGAAAUAAUGGGAGGGGAUGCACUUCGUGGGAAGCGAGCCUAUCCCAUGCAAAUGUCUCAGGACAAGGACAAUUGGGCUUUUGUCAACAACGGGGACGAGACUCUCCCUCGUUUCAGCUUCCACGCCUAUACUGGUGACACAUCACAAGAGCUGGUCGUCGAGCAACUGCAGCAGGGAGCUUAUGAAGAUAAGCCGGAUCGACCACGCGGCCAGCCAUUUGGCAAACCGCAAGUUGCUGUGUUGACUAUUGGAGGCAAUGAUGCAGGGCUAUCUUCUAUAUUGAACGACUGCAUCUACAGAGCGUGGCUUCCAGGAGACUGCCAGACCACGCUCAAUGCCCUCCAGCAGGAAAUUGACAACGGGAAUCUUCGUGACAAAGUCAACUACGCGAUGUAUCAAGUAGCACGUGCAGGGCGGGAGGCCGGCGGCGCGAAUCCCCGGGAAAGCUUCCAAGUGUAUGUUCUCGAGUAUCUCACCUUCUUCGACGAUGCCCUGGAUCCCGUAUGCAACGAUUAUACCUGGGCAUAUUUUCCAUCAUGGAUGACCGACCAGCCACCCCUCACCCAGGAGCUCCGCAAACAGCUUAAUGAUAUGACCCGCAAGGUCAACGCGGUCAUCAAAGCAGCAGCUCAAGAUCUCCAGAGAAUGGGCAUCAUAUAUGUGGAGGGCCUCCAAGAUGCUUACAACGGCCACCGCUUCUGCGAACCGGGAGCCACCAAAGAGCAGACAGAAUCCAAGGUGUGGUUCUGGUCACAAUACAGCAAGAUCAAUACGCCCUCUGAAGGCCCCGGCGACCCCAAUGCGGCUGCGGUGACAGGUUACGUUGACCCCGCCCAGGAACUGCUGGACUUUGUCUUCCCCGGCCAGAACAAGGUCAUCCCCACAACACAGACCGCCGACACCUCGCCGCCGUGGGAAUGGGAUGGCGCUGAAAAGUAUGCGGACUUCGACUCGCUGCUGAGAGCUAUUAGCGCCGCCGCCGGGGAUGACGUCGAGGCCACCGUACGACCGCCGUUCCCUGUACUCCGCUCGUUCCACCCCAAGGGCACGCCAUAUACAGAGCACGCCACGGCGCUGUUUGCCGCCAUGGCAGAUAACAGAGCAGCGGUUGCAACUGGCGGUGAAGGGCAGCAGAUCGCCAUUGCGUCGUAUAUUAACCCCCUCGGAGACCCUGCUUCAUGGGAACGACUCCUCGCAUAUGACAGUAAGAAGAUCAGUGUAUUGGUUGCUAAUAUUCUAAACAGUCCAGAUUAUGUAGUUAAUAAUUCCUGGAAAUCAGUGAUUGAGCAAGCUGCGAAUCAAGACAAAAAGAUCCUCGGUUAUAUUCGGACUGGCUAUCUUAGCGUAAAUCAACAGCAAUUUACCACUCGACUAGACUCGAAAGAUCUUACAGACUGGGCUUCACAAAUUGAACAAGAUAUCGACAAGUGGUUUGAGCUUUAUAGUACUAGUCUCGGCGGUAUCUUUUUCGAUGAAGGCUAGCCAGAAUGCGGUCCCAAUAAUAUCUAUACUGAUCUAUACACAUAUAUUAACAAGUAUACAAAGAACAAACACCCCGGCGCAUUUACAGUACUCAACCCAGACUCGCCAAUAGCUCAAUAUUUUGAAAAUACUAUAGAUACACUGUUGACAUUCGAGAGCAGCUACAAGACUUAUACAAGCUC